AUGGGUCGACUCGACGCGAUUGCACGUUCCAUCGUGCUGACCCUCAUCAACGGCGCAAAGAAGAGGUCACGCUCGCCCAUUGCCUUCAUCCUCACGCUCAUCUCCACCAUCUUCUCAAUCUACCAACUGCCGCUUCACAAGCACCGGCCCCAGGUCUUCCAAGAUCUUCGUGAGAAACAUUGGAAACUCGAGGAAGAUGAAUACAUCACGUCAUUCAGGCCAGUGGAAGACGGUAAACCCGAAGACGUCUUAAUGCCGAUGGGAGACAUGGGAUUCUCUGGAUCAACUUUUUUCUCCACAACUGAUCAGAAAUUUCUCGUAAAAUCCGUACCACGCCAUCACGAGCACACCUUCUUUCGCAACGACUUGCUUGACACCUAUGUAGCACAUAUCGCUGGCCAUCCCAAGUCCCUCAUUGUUCGCAUUUGUGACUUCCUUGCCAGCUCUGGCCUGUCUCUUGGGCACCAGCUGGGUACGGCCCCAAGCCACCAUAUCGUCAUGGACAACAUCUUGUAUGGAAAAGAGGACGCCGAGAAGGCGGGCAAGCCGGACUGGGAACAGUGGGAUCUCAAGCCGACAAGCUAUUUCUACCCAGAGCGGGACAUUGCGGAAGGGAGGCUUACAAGCGAGGCCACCAAGAGCCAGCUGGCAGACGAGUUCCACGACAAGAUCAUUUUAAGCAAGGAGAAGGCCGAUGAGUUCUGGCGAUGCUUGGAGGAAGACACGCGCAUGCUGGCACACUACAAUGCGGUUGAUUACUCACUCUUUCUGCCUCCUGCUGUACCGCCAGGACCGGCGUCAUGGAGAACCGGAAUACCGAGCGCUGACGGCAAAUUCCUCUACCGCGCAGCCAUCCUUGACUUCUUCUGGGCCAAACACAAAAUGCAGCCGCGUCUGAUGACAUUUUUGAUUAAUGCAUACAACAAACUGAUCCAUCACCAUGGACCGAUGAGCAUCACCACUACGCCAGAAGAGUACAGAGAGCGUUUCUUGAAGCUAUGCCACGAGAUCGUGGAGGUUAGAAACAGCCAAGUAGAUGAGUAG